AUGGCUAUGCCUGAACAUCACCAAUUCCACAACUACCUUCAGCAAUCGAAACCCUUCAGAGAUGUACUCAACAACAUGGACGCUCAAAUUGCAGCGCCGGUUAGCUAUAUCAAGGCCGAUCAUCCUCCCUACAUUCUAGCUGAUUGGUUUGAAAAACGACUUGCGUAUACAAGAAGUGUUGCAGCUAGCUCAAUGAUGGGUUACAUUGUGGGACUUGGAGAUCGACAUUCCAUGAAUAUUUUAAUCGACCAAGCAACGGCGGAAGUAGUCCACAUCGAUCUCGGCGUCGCCUUUGAGCAAGGCUUGAUGCUCAAAACACCUGAGCGGGUCCCAUUCAGGCUGACAAGAGACAUUAUCAAUGGUAUGGGGGUAACAGGUGUGGAAGGAGUUUUCAGAAGAUGUUGUGAAGAAAAUCUAUCCGUUAUGCGAACAAAUAAAGAUGCCUUACUAACCAUUUUCCCAAUAAAUCUUAAAGAGUACAUGGCCAAAAUGGCCCCUGAUGUUUUGCCACAUAUGCCACUUUAG